AAACCAUGCUUUUGUGGAAUUUUACACGCAUUUUAAUAACUUUACGUUUACUAGGGGAUAAAAUAAGGGUAUUUAUUGAUAGUUACUGGCAUUGUUUAAUUCAUUAGCAUAUGUUAACUACUUAACACCUGACUACCAUGCGAUAUGACACGAAAAACACGAGACCGUCAUAAUUUCACAUUCCGUCACACCACCGCGGCCGAAAUUACAGGUACCUUGAAACUCAUUUUCCCAUUAUCCUUCGCGGCUGUGACGUCACUGUGCGUCAACACCCCAGUCCCCCACCAUCAUCGUUCUACAGUACAGAGGAAGAAAGGGGGAGACGGGGCGAAAAGCUGUAUAAGAACGCUUUCACACAAAUAUGAGCGGCAGCGGGCGGCCCAGGACCAGCUCAUUCGCCGAGCCUCCCGGAGCUCCCGGAGCCGCUGCAGCCGGCGCCUUAUCGGCAGUAGCCGGCGGAAGCUCGACAGGAAAGUCGGGGGCUUCGCAAUCCAGCGGAGGUAGCUCGACGAGCUUUGGCAACCUUAAACUACCCCGUGACAGUGGCAAAGUGACAACCGUGGUGGCCACGCCGGGCCAAGGUCCCGACCGCCCGCAGGAAGUUUCGUACACGGACAUCAAGGUGAUAGGAAAUGGCUCUUUCGGUGUGGUGUACCAGGCGCGCCUCAUCGACAGCCAGGAGAUGGUUGCCAUUAAGAAAGUGCUCCAAGACAAACGGUUUAAGAACAGAGAGCUGCAAAUCAUGCGCAAGUUGGACCACUGCAACAUUGUGAGGCUACGUUACUUCUUCUACUCCAGUGGUGAAAAGAAAGAUGAAGUCUAUCUGAAUUUGGUGCUGGACUUUGUCCCCGAGACGGUGUACAGGGUGGCUCGGCACUUCAACAAGGCCAAGACCACCAUCCCCAUCAUUUAUGUUAAGGUGUACAUGUACCAGCUGUUCAGGAGCCUGGCUUAUAUCCAUUCCCAGGGCGUGUGUCAUCGAGACAUCAAGCCCCAAAACCUUUUGGUGGACCCAGAGACAGCCAUCCUCAAGCUUUGUGACUUUGGCAGUGCCAAGCAGUUGGUGCGCGGCGAGCCCAACGUGUCGUAUAUCUGCUCGCGGUAUUACCGUGCCCCGGAACUCAUCUUCGGCGCUACCGACUACACGUCCAACAUCGACAUCUGGUCAGCCGGCUGCGUUCUGGCUGAGCUGCUACUGGGCCAGCCCAUUUUUCCGGGCGACAGCGGCGUGGACCAGCUAGUAGAGAUCAUCAAGGUUCUUGGAACUCCGACAAGGGAGCAGAUCCGAGAGAUGAACCCCAACUACACAGAGUUCAAAUUCCCGCAGAUUAAAGCUCACCCUUGGACAAAGGUGUUCAAGCCCCGCACGCCGCCAGAGGCCAUCGCCCUCUGCUCUCGACUGCUGGAAUACACGCCAGUCACCCGUCUGUCUCCGCUGGAGGCCUGCGCACACGCCUUCUUCGAUGAGCUGCGCCAGCCCAACACCCGCCUUCCUAGCGGGCGGGAACUGCCGCUCCUCUUCAACUUCAGUCCCGUCGAGCUGUCUAUCCAGCCCCAAUUAAACUCAACGCUCAUUCCUCCUCACGCUCGUGCACAGACGACGCCUGCCUCCCAUGAUGGCAGUGUGUCAGACAGUCCCGCCCAGCCCGGCUCAGCGCCCGGCUCCAUCAGCAACAGUACCUGAGCAGCCAACACCACCGUAGACCAACCUGCCAUGCUAUUUUUCUUUUCAUUUUCCUGUUCUUCCUCUCAACACUGAGAAAGACAUAUACACAUGCACACACACGUCAUGCAUUGCUGUUUUCCCCCUGAUGGGCUUACAUAUAUAAUAUAUGUAAGCUGACUUUAUAAGUCCAGGUUAUGUGGGAUGUUUGGGGUUGUACAUGCAUUCUCUGUAUUAUGGACUUUUUACCCCCCCCCCCCCCCUUUUUUUUUUUUUUUUUUUUUUUAAUGUUAUUUUAUUUUUUAAACUUUUGUUUUAUUUAGCCCAUAUUAUGUGCAGCCACCAUUUGGCUUUUGGAGAAUGACAAUCACAUAAACUCCCCACCACUACCAAAAUGGUACAAACCCUUCUCUGCUCCUCCAGAGUGUUGCUUUGUACCUUUAAAAAAGGUCCAAUUUUGUUUUUAAGCUGACGCACCCUUGGUUAAUUUUUUCACUUUUAGAUGGAAGGUGAUUUUAAAAGUUUUAUGACGAAGGAAGCACACUGCAGCAGCCUUUCCCCCUUUCCUUUAACUUGCCUUUUUUUUAAAUGUAGGAGCAGGGAGUGAGGGUGCUUCGGUAUAAAUAUUAGGUAUCAUCAUCCUGGCCAAUUAGAGACUUCCUCCCAAACGAGCCCUCAACUUCCUGGCGCGGACAUUAAGCUUUUGUCUCCUUCUCGUUUUCCCGCCUCCUCCACAACACAGCUAAUCUGUAAAUAUCAAUGACCUUAUUUUAUUUUUGUUUUUAUUAUUCUAUUGUUGUUCUUGUAAUAUUUUUUCUUCCUCCAGUAGAUGGCGCGUUCAUGCGACCAGACUGUUUUUCCUCCGUCGCAGUCUGUAAAUACUUACCUUUUUUGGUCCCUGGUUCCGGACGGCAACAAAAAAAAGAACAAAGUCUCCCUUUUUAUUCUCUCUCCUUCCGUUUCUCCUGUCAUAAUUCCUUCCCUUUAGCUGCCCGUGGUUGUCGUCUUAACUGUUUUAUUUAUUGUAUUUUGUGUUUGGCUUUGGGGGUGAUUUCUUUUGUAUAUUGUUUCCAAAAUGAUGUAGUCGUGGAGCAGGAAACUGUCACAUCUAAGAUACUGUACAUCAACUCGGACCUCGAGUCAUUUGGUGGAACGCUUGUUGUUUCCAUUGAGUUUCAAUGUGAAAGAAUGUUACAAGUUUGUUGCUUGUGUGUGUGCGUUUGGGGGCAGACCGUACAGGAUUGUGAGUGUGUGUGAGUGUGUAUGAGUGUGUAGAAACAGGGGUGGAAAAAAAGAAUCUUCCAUUGACCAUCUCCUGUGUCCGACUGCCUCCUUUUUCCACUCCGCUGUAGUAAGGUAUGUUAUUUUAAUGUAUUUUUUUCCCCCUUUUUAUUUUUUUUGGUCGGGCCCCUUCUGUUACUACAAGCCCUACUUGUUUGUGGAGAGAGCAGAAAAACAGUUGGAUAGAGGAGAUGACGAUGAGGGAGGGAUGGACGGAGAGAGAUUGUUUUUUUGUUUGUUGCUAUAAAUAAUUAAACUCAUUAAUAAAGUGAUGAAACGGUCGGCGGGUCUACCUUUUCGUGAUUUUCGUGGCGGUAUUAGAGGUUCAGAUCACCGGAUUGCCACAUUUGCCAUGGAAAAACAUGAUUGCUUCCUUUGUGGGUAGUCGGAGUGGGACUUCUGGAUACAUCACGAUAUGAUAGGCCUGUCGCGAUAACAAAUGUUAGUGUGCGAUAAUUAUUCUCAUAAAUUAUUGCGAUAUGCAAUAUUAUUGCGCCCCCCCCCAAUUUUUUUUUACCAAUUUACAAUAACACAGUGAGAAUACAGUAUAUAUUAAUAGAUCAAGUACACCCAUUUAAACGCGAUAAAUAUUUACUCUUAAAUUCAAAAAUACUUUUUAACAAAUCACAACUAAAAACAAUAGACCAUGCCUCUUAAGUAAAAAACAACAAUAUUGAUACCGCACAGAAACACAGAAUAAAUUGUGUUUAAAAAAAAAAAAAAAAUUACACUUAAUAACUUAAGCAUUUAGGCAAAUGAAAACUUUUCCCGCCAUAGCUUCUUCAAUGGUGUUCCAUAGGGAUGCAACGAUACAGUUAAGUCAUUGUUCGGUACGAUUUUUGAUACGGGGAACACGAUUUUCAAUCAGAUUCAAAACAUUUAAUGCUCUGUAAAAAAAAAAAAAAAAAAAACAAUUAUAUUUUUUGUUUUUUAUUUUUGUUUUUUUUGCUAACGAGCAAAAAUUAAAUUGCCAUCAUAUAAACAUGCAUUUUAGUGCAUAAUAUUUAUGUGCUUACUUCUUACUGAUCUGAAAAAGUUUUGUAUAGAAGUGCUGAGAACAAUCUUUACUGUUUGUAAAGUGAGGCAGGGCACACUGUUGAUUGCUACAGCUCUCUUAGCAGUUAGGUUUACUACAUGAGCAAGACAUUCUAUUUGUGUUCCGAAUCCAUCUGUGUCACGUACUGAAUUAACAAUAUUUGCAACAUUAUAGUCACUGGUAUGGACUGAUUUGGCCUUCUUCCUUUCAGUCAUGACAGUUUAGAAUUCAUCGAUGUAGUAUAUGGACUACGUGUCCCAUAAUCACUCUGGGCUCACGUAGCCAAUGGCAUGGGACAUAGCACAUCUAGUUUGCCAUUUCAUGAUAUCGAGUGUGUGCGUGCAUUAAAAAAGUUAGCAAGCGCCGCUGAAGUCACGUCUGCUCAUUACUACACAACACUAGUAUAUGACAAUCGACUUUCAUAAACAGGACGAGUUUGAAGCACAGCGCUCUUAAUUUCAUUCAGGUUGUUCGUAGCAGCCAAGUCGGUAACAAUGUUUUGGCGGACUUCGUUGUAAAUAUCCGUUGUGCCGAAAAAUAGCCACCCUGCGUGAAAUGUCACUCCUGACGGGCGCGCCCACACGUCAACAACACGCCGUAGAUGUUCCGCUGUCACUCCGGAGCACUGACGUGGCCGGUAUACGUUGAACAAUAGGAUAUAAUGGGAACGAUUGGCUCCGGUGCUAGUUUUUGCCUGACCUGGAACGAAGAUGCAUUUUGCACAGUUUGUAACGAGGAAUCCGAACUUUUAACAGCACGUCUGACGCACGCGCGCACGCAUGUGGACACGAGGCGAUAAAUCGCAGCGGGAAAAUUACCGCCUUCAUUUUUAUUUAUCGCGCGAUAAAUGGAAUUAUUGCAUAUUGUGACAGGCUUACGAUACGAUACGAUUUGCGAUACAAAGCUUACGAUAACGAUGAUCUCACGAUAUGGCGAUACGACUAUUAUCGAUACAUUGGUCAGGAAAUCAACCCAAGAUAUUCUACAAAACGAUUAAUAAACAGAAAAACAAGCUUCUGUUGUGAAUUGGAAUGAGUUUACCACUAGUAGACAUCCAAUCCAUUUGAACUGGGAGGGUGGCAGCGAAUGAACAAAUGUUCAUUCAUCCCUCCCACUUCAAACGGAUUGAACGUCUACGGCCAUCAGUGGCAGCCAAUGCAAGGCAACGAGGUAAUUUUGGGGAAUUUCAGAUCCUUACUUUAUUGAUUUUGAGUCACUUUCUGUUGAUUUCGGGGCAUUUUAUGAGUCACUUCCUGUUGAUUUUGGGUUACCGGUCAGGAGGUGGCACAGGAAUCUCCCAAAAGAAUAGGACUCAAAUCCAACAGGAAGUGACCUGUAAAUGCACUAAAAUGAACAGAAAUUGACUUAUAAAUGGCUUGAAAAUCAGACGGAGUGUGAAUGCUCUGGUUUCGAAUGAAUUGAUGUUCGUUCGACCCAGUCUACAGUAAAUGGACUGGGCGUCGAGCGCCAUCAAUGGCAGCCAUGAAGAUUUUCGAUAACCUUUUGUAUACAAAGUAUCAUGAUAUAUCACCAUUUCGAUAUUUUGUCACACCCCUAGUGGGUAGUGUGUAAAGUAACUUUGGUCAUGAUAGUUUGAAUAAUUUUUUAAAAUUUUCUGCUGUUUGAUGAAUAUAUAAAAUAUCGUAUUUAAAUUUUCUCAUUUUACGGGUCAUAAAAUUUUGGGGAAAUUGCUAUACAAACGGUCAAUAUAUUGCACUGAAAAUCACUACGGUUGUCAUAACUGGAACUCUUAUGUAGUGGCGUCACCCCAACCCUCUACCCACUCUACCCUCACGUCACUCAAAAAAAAGCCUAAGGAUAAGUUAAAAACACUAAAACAGUACAUCGCUCCUUGAGCUGAAGCAGUGGUUCUAAACCUGGGUUCGGUGAGUCUGUCUAAGUGGUUUGGUGAAGGUUAAGACACGCAGGGCCCUAUUUUUGGAGGCUGACCAAAUCUAGGCAAAGUGGCAUUUUAGACUAGGUUUAGACUGGCUAGUCUUCAAUUUACAGGCUUUAUUACAAUUCUUUUAACUGCUCGUCCUCUAUUUGAUGGGAGAAGAAACUGGUUUGCUCAGUGGAAUGUUGACUCACUUGGCAUGAGGAAGUACAACAGACCUACGGGUAAUGCACUGCGUUUACAUUAGAAAACAUUCUGGUCUAUUUUAUGUCAUGAAAAUAGUAUGUUAGGCAAGGAUGUGAUCAAAUGAAAAUGUCGAGACGAAAACAAAAGUAGAAACAAAUGAAUCGAGUUAAAUUCUCAAAUGUGUAAAGUAAAUCAAAAGGCAACAUUAUUUGUUGUAAAUACAUACUGUUUAUUGGAUUUUUGAGAAGAUUCAUGUUUAUUUUUUUUAACAUAAUGGCUGUGUGUGCAAAUUUGGUGAUCAUUUUGUAGUUUUUUUUUUUUUAUUAUUGUUAAAUUGGAUAACAUAUGAGAUGUAAAUGUGAC